UGCUUGACACGAGGCUGAGGCUCUUUCCUCUGAUGUUGCUCUCGCUCACCAUCAUUAUGAGGGGACUUAUCCGUUCAAUAUCCAGAAAAUCCAGCACAAUGGGAAGUCGGAUUGAUUAUUCCUACAGCAUCUACGUCUUCUACGGAUCAAAUGAAUAAAUUGCGGCAAUGCCAAAGGAUUGGGCAAGUAUAAAAGAUGAGCUGGAGCAGCUCUACGUUACGGAAGGGCGGACGUUGGAGCAGGUUAGGGAAACUUUGAUAUCGACCCGUGGAUUUGGUGCAAGGUGGGUCGAUCAGUAAUCUUCUUUUUCGUAACGUUCCUCGCAAUACUAAGUACGGAAUUUCUAGCAUUCGUAUGUACCGAAUGAUGCUUCGCGAAUGGGGAAUAAAAAAGUACAAAUCGAAUAACAAAUGCGGCCACCCAUGUCCUCGACAUCCACGAUCCGCUCCGUCUGUUGAGCCGGAAGAUUCUGACAAUGCUGAAGAUGCUUUGAAAGAUAUAGAUUUAUUACUCCGGUUGAACGAUGAUCAUUCCAAACCGGAAAGUUUUAUGGAAUUAUUCAUAAAUGAAAAUGCCACUCAAGCUCCCAAUUCGAUCAAUCCGGCGCAUAAUACUAAUACACCAUCAUCGUCUAAUUCUCAUACCUUUGAGAAAUCUCAUUCUGGCUUUAAUGACCCUUCGAUGUCAGAGAGUGCUUUGGCGGGACAGGUCCAAGCAACAACAAUUCUUUCUCGACCUAUGCGGCUUUCGGAGCUAUUACCUCUGAUACACAAUCUAUAUUCUGUCGAGCAUGCCUUCGUACCUCUUUUGCGUAAGUGGCAAUCAGAUGGGGAAUAUAUGGCGUGUGCCAUAUCAUGGUUGAAUAAUCCUGCUCAUUGCAAAAAUAUACUCGGUUCUUCUCGUACUGGAAGCAAUCAUUUCAAAUUAAUCGACGAAAAUGUUCCUUUCCCCGAGCGCAUCACCCUAACCAAAGCAUUCCUUAAAGCUUCAAUUGUGCAUCACGUUGUCCCGUCACAAAGUAUAUGGAGUGUUAUCUGGAGCUAUACUAGAUAUGUUGAUCAAUGGAAAACCGUAAAAGACAAUCUCCUAGAUGCGUCAUCUGGAUUCAUCGAAGAGCCUGGCUCGGUGUUCCAUCUCUGUGCUCUUGCUGUUAUGGGCGAGGAAUUACUCCAAGGCUACAAGAAUCGACUUGAAGCGCUGCGGACGGACGCGCAAUCACUCACAGUCUCAAGAAUUGAAGACGCUAAAAGUUUAUGUCAACAGUAUAUUGAUAUUCUGAAAGAUUUUCGCGAUCAAGAAGUUGAUGUCGAUAUAUCCUUUUAUAAAUACUCGCUGGAGAUCCUAGAUUGGAAUGAAGCUCUGGCAGCGCAGGAACGGAGUAAAACUGAUCGUUUGUUGGGAAAAUAUAGAAGGCUUGUCGGUUUAUUGACGGGGAAUUCGCAAUCCUGGAUUGAUGGUAGUGUUGAUAGGAUGAUAGAAAAUGCGGAGCGGAGAUGUCUGGCUGGAAAUUCUAUGUCGUCGCCUGGUCCGUCUCUGGCUCCGGAAAUGUUUUAGUUUCCUGUAUAGUGGGAAUCGCUUUAACGUAUUGUAUCUCGGUAAUGUGAGAUAUUGUUUUUCUACGUCGGACGAAUGAUUAUUCGAGAAUUCUCGUUCCAACGUUACAGAAUCCUGUAGAGUCCAAUCAAUUUCUUCGCGUUUAAGAUACGUCGGGUAAAAUGGGUUGGUUCUCAUCAGAGCUGAUUCCGCGCCCUACAGAAGUACCGGCAUUUCAUGGGGCUAUGUCUCUUGAUUCGCCUUUCAUACCAAUGAUG